UCUGUUUAAAGUGCAAUGUUUGUAGCAGAGCUUGGACACAGGAAGGUCAGGUGUAAGGAUCAAGGCUGCAUUUAUAUAAAGACAGAGGAAUAUGCACUGGAAAUCCUUGCUUGGAAAGGGAAAAGGCCAGAGGAUAUGGAAAGGCACACUAUGAGGAGCUUCAUCUUUGUCCUCACACUGGGCAUUUUCUCAUGUUCAGGCUUUCCAGUGUACGACUAUGAUCUCCCUGUCACAGAAGAGGCUCUCAAUGCUUCCAUUGCAAGGAUCAACUCUCAGUCACGGGGGACAAACCUGUAUGGUGUUGUCAGGAGCCACGUCACAAGAGUUGACAUGUGGAACAGUGAUGCCUAUAGACUGGAGCUGCAGUUCAGCAUCCGUGAAACAGAGUGCACGAAAGCGUCAGGGAGAGACCCGUUCACAUGUGACUUCAGAAUUGGGCCUUUUGUGCCAACCACUUUCUGCAGAAGUGUUGUGGAAGUCUCCGAUGAGCUCAUCUCCAACAUUGUUGUGCAGUGCCAUCAAGGUGCAUCCAGCUCCGAAUCACUGAGCAGUGAGGAGUUUAUGCACAUGCCCGUAAUGAACCCCAACAGGCGAGGCAGCAGCCCCAGAGAAGACAUAUUUGCUCCUGAAGCUUUCCCUUCAAGGGGAAGAAGCAGCAGCCGUGGAGACUGGCAUAAACCCAGCUACUUCAGCUCUGACAAGAUGGAAUAAUACCCUUUGGUGCCUAGUGUUGCAGCUGGUCCUGGUUCUUUGGCCUGCAUCCCCCAUCUGCAGGGCUGGGCACUACCCAGGUGCUCCUGGACAAGCUCCUCUCAGAGGGUUGCUGUAUCUGUCAUGUGUGGAUGCUCCCUUCUGGCACAAAUCUAUCCCUAAAAUGUUAUUAACCAAUGUGUCUUACAGAAGAAUGUCAGGUUGCCAUGGUGACAAAGUUGCUGAAGAUACACUGCAGGCUACAGACUGCUGUGGAAGCAGUCAUAUGCUCCCUUGGAAAAACACAUCCCAGAUUUCUUCCCCAUAUUGUAGCUCUUAAUUCAGAUGCAUAUCUGAGAAAUCAGCUUCCAGCCUCAGCCAGCUCUGCUUUGAGACUUUGCAGUA